UUCUCUUCCCAGCGCCAGGCUCGAAUUUUCACACGCUACGGGAUGAUCGAUUUUGGUGACUUGAAGACCGCUUCGGCCCUGAAGAAGCUAGAUGAUUAUCUGCUUACCAGAAGUUAUAUAUCAGGGUUUCAGCCUACUCAAGCGGAUGUCUCAACUUUCAUAGCCCUUGGGGAGUCACCGUCAUCAGAUUUUGGCAAUAUUUUUCGCUGGUACAAACAUAUUAACUCUUUUGGUGCGGAACAAAAAACGUUUCCUGCUCCACAGGAAUCCGCCAAUCCUGAACCAGCUAAAUGUACAUCGCCUGCCGCGAGUGACGAGCUCGAUUUAUUUGGCUCUGAUGAUGAUGAUGAAGAGUAUGAAAAACUAAGAAGUGAGCGCCAGGCUAUUUACGAAGAGAAAAAAGCAAAGAAGGAUAUUCCUGCAGCGAAGUCUAUGGUUGUCUUUGAUAUAAAACCGUGGGGUGACGAAACUGAUAUGGCGGAGAUGGAAAAGGCUGUCCGUAGUAUUCAAGCCGAUGGGCUAUUAUGGGGUUCGUCCAAACUUGUCCCUUUGGCUUAUGGGAUUAAGAAACUCCAAAUUGCAUGUGUUAUUGAAGAUGAUAAGGUCGGAACUGAUAUGUUAGAAGAAGAAAUAACGAAGUUUGAAGAAUUUGUGCAGUCAGUUGAUAUAGCUUCUUUUAACAAAAUCUAGUUCUACUUUGGUAUAUGAAUAAAAUUUUUUAGAUGUAUCGUUUUCUUUAUGCUCCCACGAGGUUUUAUAGUGUUUGUUUGCAUUGUAGACAAAAUCCAUAUAUGUUCAUCGGUCGUAGAUUCUUGGGGAUGAGUAAAUUCGAAACAAUGACGAAUGUGCAAUGACUAAGCUUAGAUACGAUUGAACACGACUAUGACUGACCAUUAAUCAAUACACUCAUGUACCAGGUUACGACUGACCAACUAGAACGUUUACUUACACCUCACUCUGUCAGAAGCAGUAGUUAAUAACGUCAAGAACUUAUAUUUUUUGGCUUAGUCUCUUUCCUCUAGCAUGUCUCUGCGUUAGUUCUGUGAUUUGAGAUAAACGGCGACAAAGGCGGGGUCGGUAACCUUUCAACUGUAUAAAUUGGCAACGCUUACAGCCUCACCGGUCGACUUACCAUCACUAAUGUUUUUAGUUUGUUCCCCUUCAACACAGUCAUGAGCAACGUAGAACUCGGCGCACGUUCAUCGGUCCAAGUUACCACAUCGAACUAGCAGAGCUAGAUGCUGCAGUAGUAGGAUCAGAAACAUCCGUAUUCGUAGAAAAGAUUAGAUACAGACAGUAUAAUUCAAAAAAGAGCCAACUCGC